AUGUCAGUCAAAAGGCGCUUCGGCUCUGCAAGCUGGAGUGACGAUAACGAGAUACCCGACGCCGUUGAACCCCACCUCUGGGCUCGGAGGCGGCUCUUCCCAACCGAGGAUGCAGGGACCGACAAACCUCCCGUCGGUCCAUUUGGGCUGACUGCGAUGCCAUACACUUCUCCUCUUCCGGCCUUACAUACCCCUCGCAAUGCCUUCUCGGCCAUGCAUACAACCCCCAACGACAUGGAGUGGGACUUGUUCAUGCCACCUCCAAGAGAGCAGGAUCCGGUGGCGAUGGUAAUCGAUUGUGGGGCCUCUUCUUCCGAGCGUACAGUCUGUUAUGGUAUGGUCAGUUAUAUAUCUCCUGUCAGUCUUAUCCUGCCAGCAAAUGUAAGGCUGGCUGGGAGUGGACAACUCUUGAGCUUGAAAGUCAGAGAGCUUCGGAGUAGUGAAGGAUCCCGCUUCCAGAAUACAUCUACCUUUUGCCUACAUCAAUCGCCGGAAGCCCUGUUUCUACAGUUCUUGGACGGUACGAAACUGGGCUACUUCUCCCGUGGGAUUACAAACGCAUUAAGAGACAUCGUCAACCUGCCCUCUAUAGAAUUCGAAGCCGUGGUCAACCUCGCCGCCCUGGAGAGCGCAAUAUUGAGUCCGGCAAACCCCAAGCUCGCGGUGGAGAUCAAUGUCUAUGGACCAGCGUCUGCGCGCGACAGAGUGGGAGCAGACUUAUCAGAGAAACAGCUCUAUCUGCAGAUGCCUAAUGAGCUCCGGGAGGGGAUAGACUAUGACAACCCGCAUCUUCUGCAGUUUGAUGAAAAAAUGGAUGAGUCAGGAACGGAGGAUGAAGACACCCAAGCCGCGGAAAUUUUCAAUGGCAAUUUACACCAAGCUGAGAACUUCCAACAAACAAUCACGGGUCUCUUAGGCUCCCUGCGGAGAGCAGACGGGCUCCAGCGACUAGGAGGGGUUGAGAGGUUGACAAGACCACUGUACCCGCAUCAGGAGGAGGCCUUGGAUUUCAUGACCCAACGCGAAAAUGGAAACAUUCCCCAGGAAUACCGGCUAUGGCAACCGGAGGUCAUCGAUGGAGAGACAUGGUAUCGUCACGCCAUAACCAGAUUUAAACGCCAGGAACCAAGUGACGAGAGCGGAGGUGGACUCCUGGCCGAUGAAAUGGGGAUGGGGAAGUCUCUGACAACUCUGGCACUAAUUUGUAAGACAAUCGAGGAUGCACAUCAAUGGUCGAUUGAGCCAAGUCCGCAACUUGAAGGUCUUGGGAAGAAACGAUCCCGAGCGACUCUAAUUAUUGUUCCUUCACUCAAUGGCAGCAUUAAGUUAGUGAAAUAUCAUGGACGUGGGAGGAAACAGCAUCUGGCCGACAUUGGACAGUUCGAAAUUGUCAUCACCACCUAUAACACGAUCGCAAGGGAAUACGGGAUCGAACAGGACAGAGGUCACCCCAGCCCUUUGCAUGGAGUGGAAUGGUACCGCGUGGUUUUGGACGAAGCACAUACUAUCCGUAAUCAGGCCAGGACGUUCUAUCGAUCAGUGUUGGGUGUAUCAGCCAGGUCUCGCUGGUGUCUUACCGGCACGCCAAUCCAGAACACAUUAAUGGACUUAGGCGCCCUAUUGGCCUUUAUGCGGAUAAAGCCACUUGACGCUCACGGUGCAUUCCGCCACUGGAUCAUGGGCCCAUUCGAAGACCAUAAAACGAAGCAAAUCGCCAUACACCGGCUGUCUCUACUUCUAGAAGCAAUCUGUAUCCGGCGAACAAUUGAACGUGUCGAUAUCCCCCGCCAGCAAGAGGAAACAAGAGUCGUCCAUUUUACUCCUGAAGAGCGGCAUCAAUACCAGGAGACUAGGAAGGUGAUGCAGAGGUUUAUCGUCCAGCAAGCCGGGGAAUAUCGCGGAGUCAGGUCGACAGUUGGCAUGUUCCAGAUGUACCUGCAGCUUAGAAGCUUUUGCAACCAUGGAACCUACCAGCGCCAGUUCUCAUGGACGAGAAGGAACAUGGUCCACGAGGAGACUGACGCCAUUUGCUCAAUCACCCGGGACAGUGUGGCACGGUGUAUGGGCUGUCGACAGCACUUGCCUAUCAUAGGCCCUAGCAGCACGAGCAGAUUUGUGGAGGGUUGCAAACACGUUUUCUGUGACGACUGCUCGCAAGUCACGAACGGGCUGCAGAAAAAUCGGCAUUGUCCACUGUGCAGUUCUUUAGGUGGGAUUUCUCGAUCAGAGAAUACAGGUGAUGAAGCGGAUGGCAGUGACGACAGUGUCUUUCAACCCGACGGGUAUUCCUCCAAAAUCAAUAUGCUCGUCUCUGAUGUUCAGGAUAGCUUGGAUACUACGAAGAGUAUUAUCUUUUCCUGCUGGACAAGAACACUGGACCUUGUCGAAAAACACCUGAGAAUGGCUGAUAUUCUGUUCCUACGUAUCGACGGCAAAACCCCUCCACAGGUGCGCCAAGAAAGACUUGACAAAUUCAAUACGACCUCGACAGUUGCUGUUCUAAUCAUGACGACGGGAACCGGUGGUGUGGGAUUGAAUCUACAGUCGGUGAAUCGGGUUUUCAUCGUUGAGCCGCAGUGGAACCCUAGUGUCGAGACCCAGGCUAUUGCACGAGCCAUUCGCCUGGGUCAGGAACAGACAGUAUCUGUCAUCCGCUAUUAUGUCCAGGGGAGCAUUGAGGAGGACAUGUGCUCACAGCAAACACGGAAAUUAAGCCUCAGCAAGAUGGGUUUUGGAGGAAGCUAG